GGUGGUUAAACUAAUGUGACAUUCUAAAGAUGUUUUCAAAUGACCUGGUGUUAAUGACGCUGUUUUCUUUCCCUAGCUGAUGAUGCCGUACCCAGAAAGGACGUAGUGUUUCUGCUGGACGGUUCAGAUGGCACUAGAAAUACAUUCCCAGCGAUGCGUGAAUUUGUGCAAAGAGUAGUGGAGCAAUUCAACAUAGAGGCAAACAGAGACCGUGUUUCUGUGGUGCAGUACAGUAGAGACGCGGAGGUCAAUUUCUAUCUGAAUACCUACUCAACAAAAGGGGAGAUCCUGAACACUGUCAGAGGUCUGAGGCAUAGAGGAGGGAGACCCCUCAACACAGGGGCAGCUCUCCAGUACGUGAGGGACAGUGUCUUCACUGCCUCUGCGGGGAGUAGAAAGCAAGAGGGUGUCCCUCAGAUUCUUAUCCUCCUCAGUGGAGGACGGUCAAGCGAUAACAUAGAUGCACCUGCCUCUGCCCUGAAAGAGAGGGGAAUCUUGAUUUUUGGCAUUGGCACCAGAAAUUCGAGCAGAGAGGUGCAGAGAAUUGCCAACGAUCCUACCUAUGCACAGUCCAUCAAUGAAUUCUCUGAUCUUCCCAGUGUCCAGCAGCAGUUUAUCAGCUCCCUCAACAAUGUGCUUGUACAAGUCAAGCCAACGACACCUACUGUGGCGGCUGAGCGAAGGAUGGCUAGGAGGGAUGUAGUGUUCCUGCUGGAUGGUUCAGAUGGCACAAGGAGCUCUUUCCCUGCAAUGCGUGACUUUGUUGAGAGGAUGGUGGAGAGACUGAAUGUGUCUGAGAACAGAGACCGUGUGUCUGUGGUCCAGUACAGCAGAGAUCCAGAGGCCCAUUUCUAUCUUAACACAUACUCAAGAAAGGAGGACGUGCUUGACACGCUCAGGGGUCUGAGGCACAAAGGAGGGAGACCCCUCAACACAGGGGCAGCUCUGCAGUACGUGAGGGACAAUGUCUUCACUGCCUCCGCUGGAAGCAGACUUGUAGAAGGUGUGCCUCAGUUACUGAUUCUGCUGAGUGGUGGAAGGUCAUUUGAUAAUGUUGACACACCAGCCUCAUCCCUGAAGGAGCUGGGAGUGCUUAUCUUUGGGAUAGGGUCAAGGAGCUCAGACAGCGGGGAACUCCAGAAGAUCUCCCAUGAGCCUAGUUAUGCACUCUCAGUGAGUGACUUCGCUGACCUUCCCAGUGUCCAACAGCAGCUUUUCACCAACAUUAACACGGUCUUUGUAGAGGCCACGCCUAUCACUACCACAACGAUAGCUGAGGGCCGUAGACAGAGGAGAGAUGUUGUCUUCCUGCUGGAUGGAUCAGAUGGCACUAGGAAUGGGUUCCCAGCAAUGAAAGAAUUUGUGCAAAGAAUGGUGGAGAAAUUGGAAGUAGCUGAGAACAGAGAUCGCGUUUCUGUGGUCCAGUACAGCAGAGACCCAGAGGCCCAUUUCUAUCUGAACACGUACACGACAAAGGAAGAAGUUCUUGACAGUGUCAGAGGUCUGCGGCACAAAGGAGGCAGACCCCUCUACACGGGGGCAGCGCUCCAGUACGUCAGAGACAAUGUUUUUACUGCCUCCUCCGGCAGCAGACGGCUGGAGGGUGUGCCGCAGAUACUGGUUUUGCUUAGCGGGGAAAGGUCAUUUGACAGUGUUGAGGCAGCAGCCUCUUCUCUGAAAAAGCUUGGCGUCUUGACCUUUGGAAUAGGAUCGAGGGGCUCUGAUAGCAGAGAAUUGCAGAGAAUUUCAUACGACCCCAAUUAUGCUCUGUCCGUGUCCGACUUCAGCGAGCUUCCAAAUGUCCAAGAGCAGCUGCUGGCCUCUGUCCAGGCUGUUUCAAUUCCCAUCACUCCAACUACACCGACUGUAACCGCUGAUUAUGUCGCACCCAGAAAGGACGUAGUGUUUCUGCUGGACGGUUCAGAUGGCACUAGGAAUUCAUUCCCAGCAAUGCGUGAUUUUGUGCAAAGAGUAGUGGAGCAAUUCAACAUAGAGCCAACCAGAGACCGUGUUUCUGUGGUGCAGUACAGUAGAGACGCCGAGGUCCAUUUCUAUCUGAACAGCUACACGACAAAGGAAGACGUUCUCGACCGUGUCAGAGGUCUGAGACACAAAGGAGGUAGACCCCUCUACACGGGGGCAGCUCUCCAGUACGUCAGAGACAAUGUCUUUACUGCCUCCUCCGGCAGCAGACGGUUGGAGGGUGUGCCGCAGGUACUGAUCCUGCUUAACGGGGGAAGGUCAUUGGACAGUGUUGAUGCAGCAGCCUCCUCUCUGAAAGAGCUUGGCGUCUUGACCUUUGGAAUAGGAUCGAGGGGCUCUGAUAGCAGAGAACUGCAGAGAAUCUCAUACGACCCCAAUUAUGCUCUUUCCGUGUCCGACUUCAGUGAGCUUCCAAAUGUCCAAGAGCAGCUGCUGGCCUCUGUCCAGGCUGUUGCGAUGCCCAUCACUCCAACUACCCCGACUCUCACCGGUAUGUGCAUGGCAGAACUUUACGAGAGCUAGCUCACAGCCUGUGCUUUGUUGAUCUUCCUAAGUAGUUGCGAGCAGUGGGACCAUUACCCACAGCUUAGGUAGUCGAUGAGGUGGUUAAACUAAUGUGACAUUCUAAAGAUGUUUUCAAAUGACCUGGUGUUAAUG